AUGUCUUGUAAAAUCCCCACAUUAGAUUUCUCGAGAGAAGAUCUAAAACCAGGCACCAAGAACUGGGAAUCAAUAAGCAAGAACAUCAGACAAGCACUUGAAGAAUUCGGAUGUUUCAUGAUAGAUCUUCAAGACAAGACUCCUUUCGAUCUUCUUGAUGAAGUCUUUGGUUCUUUAGUUGAGUUGUUUGAUCUUCCGACACAAAUCAAAAUGAAGAACAAAUACGACAAGCCAUUAAACGGCUACGUUGGUCAGAUUCCAGCUCUUCCUCUUCAUGAAAGUCUCGGCAUUGAUAAUGCCACUUCGUUAGAAGCAACUAAAAGCUUCACCGGUUUGAUGUGGCCGCAAGGAAACGAACAUUUCAGUGAAUCUGUGCACAAGUAUGCGGAGUUUUCAGCUAAGCUUGAUCAAAUGGUGACUCGGAUGGUUUUCGAGAGCUAUAACGUCGAGAAAUACUAUGAUCCAUACAUCGAAUCGACCACUUACCUUCUCCGUGUGCUGAAAAACCGUGCGCCAUACAACAAAAAUCCUAAGUUAGGAUUCGUCACACAUACAGACAAGAGCUUCACAACAAUACUUCACCAAAAUCAAGUCAAUGGUCUUGAAAUGGAAACAAGAGAAGGAGAGCGAAUCAAUAUCAAUCUAUUAUCACCUUCACUCUUCAUGGUCGUCGCAGGCGAUGCCUUGAUGGCAUGGAGCAACGAUAGGGUUUGGUCUCCGAGACACCAAGUUCUAGUGAGCGGUGAGACAGACCGAUACUCACUUGGAAUGUUUUCAUUCAACAAUGGAACUCUUAAAGUACCAGAAGAGCUUAUUGAUCAUCAACAUCCUCUCAAGUAUAAGCCAUUUGAUCAUCUUGGUCUACUUCGAUUUUACCGUACUGACACAGGUUACAAAUCAGAGUGUCCUAUCAGAGCCUAUUGUGGUAUUUGA